AUGAGAACCCAUUUUCCUUUACUUUUCUUCACCCUAUCCCUUCUAUUGGGCCAAUCCAGACCCGACCCUGACCCACUUCAAGAUUACUGUGUUGCUGAUAACAAAGGUGAAUUUUUCAUUAAUGGGGUGCCUUGUAUCAACCCAGACAAAGUUUCCCCGUCGCACUUUGUAACAUCUGCUUUGUCUAAGAGUGGUAACACUAGUAACCAAUUCGGCUUCAGUGUCACAGCCACCAAUACUGUUAAUCUUCCUGGGCUUAACACACUGGGCCUGGUACUAGCCCGGGUUGAUAUCGCUGGCAAUGGGAUCGUGCCACCUCACUCGCAUCCACGGGCCUCAGAAGUUACCACUUGUCUCAAGGGACAGCUUCUUGUGGGCUUUGUUGACACAAGUAACCGUGUGUUUACCCAGAACCUGAAGCCCGGUGAGUCAUUUGUGUUCCCAAAGGGCCUGGUUCAUUUCUUGUUCAAUCGUGACUCAAGGGAACCAGCACUAGCCCUUUCUGGUCUAAAUAGCCAGAACCCAGGUUCACAAAUUGUAUCACUUGCAACAUUCGCUAGCAAGCCUCCUAUAAUUGAUGAAAUUCUUAAGAAGGCUUUCCAAAUUACGGGCAGAGAAGUGGAAACUAUUCGCAGAAACCUUGAAUGA